AUGGCCGUCCAGCGUAACGUUCACCAGCCGCUCCUCUUCGAGUGCGCUUGGGAGGUCGCAAACAAGGUCGGCGGUAUUUACACCGUCAUCAAGACCAAGGUUCCAGUCACUGUCAAGGAAUAUGGAGACCGUUACUGCCUUAUCGGGCCCCUUAGCUACAAGACUGCCCCCAUCGAGGUCGAGUCGAUGGAGCCCGAGCCGGGAUCGCCGAUGGAAGGCACUCUCAACGCGAUGCGCGACCAGGGCGUCAAGUACCUCUACGGCCGUUGGCUGAUUGAGGGUGCCCCUACAGUCCUUCUCUUCGACACGGCCAGUUGCUACAACCGCAUGGAUGAGUGGAAGGGUGACCUCUGGAACGUGGCUGGCAUUCCGACGCCCCCCACCGACCACGAGACCAACGAGACGCUCGUGUUCGGCUACAUGGUCGCAUGGUUCCUUGGCGAGUUCUCUGGCCGCUGCCUUGACACUGCCAUUAUUGCCCACUUCCACGAGUGGCAGGCUGGUCUUGCCAUUCCCCUCUGUCGCAAGCGCAAGAUUGACGUCACCACCAUUUUCACCACCCACGCCACGCUCCUCGGCCGCUACCUUUGCGCCGGCAGCGUUGACUUUUACAACAACCUGCAGUACUUUGACGUCGACCACGAAGCGGGCAAGCGCGGCAUCUACCACCGCUACUGCAUUGAGCGCUCAGCGGCGCACUGCGCCGAUGUGUUCACGACCGUCUCGCACAUCACGGCGUACGAGAGCGAGCAUCUGCUGAAGCGCAAGCCUGACGGUGUCCUCCCCAACGGCCUCAACGUCGUCAAGUUCGCCGCGAUGCACGAGUUCCAAAACCUCCACGUCAAGGCCAAGGAGAAGAUCAACGACUUUAUCCGCGGCCACUUCUACGGACACUACGACUUUGACCUCGACAACACGAUCUACAUGUUCACCGCUGGCCGGUACGAGUUCCGCAACAAGGGUGUCGACAUGUUCAUCGAGUCGCUCGCUCGCCUCAACCACCGUCUCAAGGCGAUGAACUCUAAGAUGACCGUCGUAGCGUUCAUCAUCAUGCCCGCGGCAACCAACUCGUACACGAUCGAGGCGCUCAAGGGUCAGGCCGUCACUGGCCAGCUCAAGGACGUUGUCAAGCAGAUCACGGACAGAAUCGGCAACCGUCUCUUUGAGCACGCGGCGCGGUACGACGGCACGCACGGUACCGAGGUCCCCAAGGCCGAGGACCUCAUGUCGGCCGAGGACCUCGUGUUGCUCAAGCGCCGCGUGUAUGCACUCAAGCGCAACUCGCUCCCACCUGUUGUCACCCACAACAUGCAGGAUGACGACAACGACCCCAUCCUCAACCAGAUUCGCCGCGUGCAGCUGUUCAACCGCACUUCGGACCGCGUCAAAGUCAUCUUCCACCCCGAGUUCCUCAACUCGAACAACCCCAUCCUCGGCCUCGACUACGAGGAGUUUGUGCGCGGCUGCCACCUCGGUGUCUUCCCGUCGUACUACGAGCCGUUCGGCUACACGCCCGCCGAGUGCACUGUCAUGGGCAUCCCCAGCGUCACGACCAACUUGUCUGGUUUCGGCUGUUUCAUGGAGGACCUCCUCGAAUCGCCCGAGGACUACGGCUGCUACAUUGUCGACCGUCGCGGGCAGGGUAUCGACGACUCUGUCGAGCAGCUUACGCAGACGCUCACCGAGUUUACGACCAAGUCGCGUCGCCAGCGCAUCAACCAGCGUAACCGCACCGAGCGUCUUUCGGAGCUGCUCGACUGGAAGUCGCUUGGUCUCGAGUACGCCAAGGCGCGCCAGCUCGCUCUCCGCCGCGCAUACCCCGACUCGUUCAACGACGACGAGCCCGAGUUUACGGGUGUCCAGAGGGUCGGUGUACCUCUCUCUGCGCCCGGCUCGCCGCGCUACCGCUCUGGCAUGAUGACUCCUGGCGACUAUGCGACCCUCACCGAGGAGAUGGAGCACCUGAACACGAGCGACUACAAGGGUGUCAAGCACCCGUGGCACUGGAACAAGGAUGACAGCGAUGAAGAGGACGGCUACAACUUCCCUAUCGCGGGACUGAAGCCUCGCGGGCGCUCGGACUCGCUGGCAUCGGCCAUCUCGGGCACGAUGACGCCGGGCGGCAAGCACUUCCUGGAUGACAAGGACCUGGAGCAUGCCGACAAGAAGUUGGAAUCGCACUCGUCUACGAACGGAAACUAA